AUGUCCCUAAAAGAUCUGAAAAUCAAAACAAACAUUGUCAAACGUAUCCAUUCCGAAUCGAAAUCGUAUGCGACCGAGCUGGAAUAUCAGCAAAAACGAAUUGACAAAUUUAUUGAAGAGAAUAGGGACGAAUAUGACAUUAAAAAACAAAAGGAAGUAUUAGAGGAAACACUAAAGAUGAUCCCUGACUGUAAGAACAGGUUGCAAAAAGCAUACCAAGAGUUACAAAAUCUUGUGAAUAUAAACAAUCCAUCAUGGGAGGGUACUGAUGAAUUAGCAAAAGCAAAGGAGACACUGGAGACUGUCAAAUUUUAG